GUUCGUAAUUGGAGUCAACAGAGGCGGCAGAUUAUUUUUGUCCACCGCAUAACCAAGAGGGAGAAGAAAACACUGGAAUUGAACAAGUGGGGCCAGAAAUCCACAUCAACAAAAAAUACGAUACGCGCGGAUUUACUCUCAGGGUUCGAUCUCUUCCUCGAUCGGAAAAUAUGAUGGACGACGAACAGCCCAAGACUCUAUAUGUCGGAAACCUGUCGCGGGAUGUGACAGAAGCCUUGAUCAUGCAGCUCUUUGGUCAGAUUGGUCCCUGCAAGAGUUGCAAAAUGAUUGUAGAUACGGCAGGUAAUGACCCGUACUGCUUUGUGGAGUUUUAUGAGCACAGGCAUGCGGCCGCCUCUCUCGCAGCCAUGAAUGGGCGUAAAAUAAUGGGUAAGGAGGUCAAGGUCAACUGGGCUACCACUCCAAGUAGCCAGAAAAAAGACACAAGCAAUCACUUCCAUGUCUUUGUGGGAGACCUCAGUCCAGAAAUCACAACUGAUGACAUCAAAGCUGCCUUUGCACCCUUUGGAAGGAUAUCUGAUGCUCGUGUAGUCAAAGACAUGGCUACAGGGAAGUCCAAAGGAUAUGGCUUUGUCUCAUUCUUCAACAAAUGGGAUGCAGAAAACGCCAUUCAACAGAUGGGAGGCCAGUGGCUUGGCGGGCGGCAGAUCAGGACUAACUGGGCCACAAGAAAGCCUCCGGCCCCCAAAGCCUCCUAUGAGACAAACACAAAGCACCUAUCUUUUGAAGAGGUGGUAAACCAGUCCAGUCCAAGUAACUGCACCGUUUACUGUGGGGGUGUGACUACAGGCCUCACAGAGCAACUGAUGAGACAAACCUUCUCUCCAUUUGGCCAAAUUAUGGAGAUCCGUGUGUUCCCAGACAAAGGGUACUCCUUCGUGAGAUUUAACUCCCAUGAGGGGGCUGCCCACGCCAUAGUUUCUGUCAACGGCACCUCCAUAGAAGGGCACGUGGUGAAGUGUUACUGGGGCAAAGAGACAACAGACAUGGUCAGCCCCAUGCAGCAGGUCCAGGUGCCCCAGCAGAACAAAGUUGGCUUUGCUGCCCAGCCGUAUGGUCAGUGGGGCCAGUGGUACGGGAAUGCUCAGCAGAUCGGUCAGUACGUCCCCAACGGCUGGCAGGUCCCCACCUACAGUGUUUACGGACAGGCAUGGAACCAGCAGGGCUUCAACCAUUUACAGGCUGGUGCUGGAUGGACUGGCGUAGGGGCUGUCAGUAAUGGUGGAGUGGUAGAGCCUGCACAGGGAGUCAAUGGGACCAUGCUUGCCAAUCAAACUGGCAUGGGAACAGCAGGAUAUCACACACACUGAUCAAGGGCGUGCAGGCGGCGGGGGGGGCAACUCCAGCCCUCCUCCAUGGCCACAGGGCUGCUGCUCUUGCAGCUGGGGUGAGGGUCUUCUAAAAGCCCCCUUGAGUUUCUCCACCAUUCAAGAAGCCUGUGGUGGGGAGACAGUGUAUAUGAUUUUUUUUUUUUUUUUUUUGGUUUCCCAACCUCUCCCCAGCCUUCCAUCUGUAAUUAACCAUCCAAAUGUUGGAGAGAGUAUAGCAGUUCCCUGUGUGUCACCGAGGGUCAUGAGUUGUGCAGCCCUGGGAUUAGAGAAAAGAAGCUCUCGAGACACACUCAGUCACACAAUUAAGCAAAUACACCUUCACACGCCUACAUGAACACACACACACACACACACACAAGGUCUUCGGCCUGGUGUCCGACUGACUAAAUCAGAGAGGACUAUGCCAUUUUUAAUUCAAAGUACUAUAAAUGAAUAAAACACGUGAUAAAACUGCGAAUUCUUUUUUCCAUUUGCUUUUUCUGUUUGUUUAGAGCGAUUUCAGCUGCUGAUUUCGUAAUGAAUGGAGCUUGGCCUUUAUUUUUCCUUUGUUUUUUGGGACUUUCAUUUUAAGAGAAACAAUGUUUUCAUGAAUGAAGCGAUGAAGUCAUGGAAUCAUGUGAAAUGCGAGAACUUUUGGGGUUUUUUAUGUUUAUAAAAAUGAAUAAAAUGGAUGACAACUGUUGUAUUUUUUUAAAAUUAGAUUUUCAAUUUCUCAACUAAACUGAUUGCAGGGAUAACUGCCAAUGUUCUCUUUCUUUAAAAGGCAGACAAAUAUUGCACAAUACUAUUACUCUUGGUUACCUUUUCACAAAAUUUGAUGUUACACAAAUUCUAGGUAUUUUAAAUUGUUUUGCAUUCCACUGCUUUUUGUUUUGUUUUUACGUUUUCUUUGGAGGGCUUAUAAGUACAUGAUACUGUUUUGUAUGUAAAUAACCAAACAAUGUUGGUUCAACAGUUCUGAAUCUGUAUAAAGAAAACUCAGAUGUUGA